CCUGGCACUCGUUCGCUAGUAUGACUUGUACAUGCACCUGAACACACGCAACAUAGAAACUUCUCAAAUUUUCCAGCCCCUGGACGCUGCAACACAUGCUUUGCCAGUAACCCUUCCUCUUUCUUACAAGUAAAGCAAGCAGUACCGGACUGAUUUUUAAGGGAGCUCAGUUCAGUCUGUUUUUUAAAGCUGCAACUUUUGUCAGGAGGGAAAUGGGUGCCAUCUCUUUUGAGUUACAAAUUCAUGCGUCUCUGAAGGAGCUUUCAAGAUUCAAGAAUUUUAUGACUGCAAGCAUUAGUAAGCAUGCUACUUAUGAUGGAUACAGAUUCUGGAAUGAGAUUUUGCGAGAUUUCAUCAGUGAGUUCGACAAGCUGUGUCUCAAGGCAGUUGCAAUGACAGGAAAGGAUAAGCAAACAAGCCAAUGCAAUCUGGAAAAAAGAAGUUCAAGUGGUACAAAAAUGCUAACAGAUUCAAAUGUUUCAGCACCAAAGAAAAUGGUGAACCCUCAGUGUUUUUCAAGCAAGGCUUGCAUCAGUGCUUGCAAAGGGAAGGGAGUGUUGCAGGCUGAGAUAGUACAACAGCUUAACGGACGACUGAAGAUCCUCGAAGAAGAAACUGAAACUAUGAAGAAAGAUAUAUUUGGGGCUCUGCAAGAGAGCAGAGUGCUGUUGAAUGAGAUAUGCAAGCAGUUUCUGAUUAUACAGCGUUGCAUCUGCCUUCAAAAUCCAGCAAUAGGACAAACAUGGGUUGAUGAUACUUUGGCUGCAAACUCACCAAAGGAUGGAAAAAUGGGGGCUGGUCUAUCAGAUAUUAUUUUCCCUGAACCAAAUCUGUCUCUAAUCACCAGAGAUCUUAGAUCUAAAAUGAUUGAAUUCGAUGAACUUGCUUUAAGUACUGCACGAGCUCUCAAAUAGUCGAUUCGCCUCGUCUGAGAUUUCAUGGAAGUUGUACAACCACCUUGUUUUGAUUCCUUUCAGAUAUAAUAUGAUACUGUAUUUUCUGCUCUCGAGUCCAUUAUAAAUUUCAGUACGAUGAUUUACUGUUUCUCAUAAGAAUAUGUACCAAAGAUUAAAGAAUCAACUUUCUAGUGCCAUAUGCACAUCCAUCUGGAAUUACACUGUAAUUUGUAUUCAAAUGAAAUAUGUAAUACUAUGGUCAGAAA